AUUGCCAUUUCAGUCUCAGUCUCAGUCUCAGUCUCAGUCUCAGAACUAGUAACCAAAACCCUAACACAUUACACACUCUCUUCUCUUCUCUUCUCUUCUUCCUCAUUUCUGCACCAAAAUCUUCUUCCGCCGCCACGCCAUUGUCACCGCCAUACUUCACCGAGCUUCCAUUCGCGCCACCUCAUUUGCUACUGUAAUAUUGAAGAAGAAGCAUGAAGAACUAUAUGAAGGAGAUUGAGAAGCUGAAGGAGAACCCGAGAAUCACCGCUCUUCCUCACGAGUUGAUUGUUGAAAUCCUGUUGAGGCUACCGGUGAGGUCUCUCCUCCGCUUCAAAUGCGUGUGUAAGAAGUGGCUUUCUACCAUUUCUGAUCCGCAAUUCUGUAAAUCCCAUUAUGACCUAGCUGCUGCACCCACUCACCGUCUUCUUAACCUUCCCGAAGGAAUCGCUGAUGUAGUUGAAUCAUUUGAUGUAGAUGCAUCGCUUAACGAUGAUUCUGCUGUUGUAAACCUCAAAUUCCCACCCUACACUGCCCCCUUCUUUCAAACCAUAGGUUCUUGCAGAGGGUUUGUUCUGUUAACCAAGAUGAUGCAUCCAACAGGUGAUCUCAUUUUGUGGAACCCUUCAACUGCUGCCCACAGAGAGAUUCCAGCCACCUAUGCUGACUGGAAUUCAUGGUAUGAUCCUUCAACCCGUUUCCGCCAAGGAAUUCCACCUUAUUUUGCUCAUUUCAUGUUUCAAUUUCUCUAUGGCUUUGGGUAUGACCAGUUGAAGGAUGAAUAUUUGCUUGUUCUAAUCCGUUUGGAAAAUCGUCCUGAACCUCAAGUGAUACACUGUAGCAGUAACAGCUUCAUGGUUAGUGUGCGAUAUGGUGGACCUGUAGUGAAGUCUUCACGGCCUCGAAUUGAGGUUUUAUCUUUGAAUACCAAUGUACCCUCCUUUUAUUAUGAUGAUGUUGAAUAUCUGGAUCUCGGAUACGAGUCCAAUUGUGGGAUUUUCUUGGAUAAGUCUCUACAUUGGUUGGUUAAAUCAAAGGCUACACAGCUUCAUGUAGUUCUUGCUUUUGACUUGGUGGACAGAAGCUUAUUGGAAAUUCCUCUUUCGCCUGAUUUGGCAGCAGAAUUGGCAAUUUAUAAAAAUGGUUAUUUGAGGGUGCUGGGAGGGUGUCUUAGUGUGGGUUACUCAAGUGGAGGCGAUGGCCCUGAAGUGGCUGAGAUAUGGGUCAUGAAAGAUUAUAAAGUGCAGUCUUCUUGGACUAAAUCUUUUGUUUUGACAUUUCUUGACCUUGUUGACGGCGUGCACUUUUUUCCAAUGUUUUUCACCAGAGGUGGUGGGAUUUUUGGAGCAGAUGAGAAUGGGACACACUGGAAAUUUAGUGAUGAUGGUAAAAAGCUCGAGAAUUACUCAAGUGGACAGGAAGGCGCGUUAAGAGUUUGUGACAUGUAUAGGGAGAGCAUACUAACACUCCCUGAACUAGCAUUGCCUGAUGACUUUGAGGAAGAAAAUGAAGAUGCAUGACAUUGUGCAGAUAUUUUUGAACUUAGCUAUUUUGGAGGCUUGGAGCUUAAAGGUGGUCUGGAGCGAAAGGGUUGAAACUAACCAAGUUGUAAUAUGCAUUGAGCUUGUUUGUAAUUUGAUUUAACCAUUUCAUCACGAUGAUCUAGUGCUGAUUAGAUUUUCUGUCGUAGUUUCAUGAUGUUCUUAAAGAUACUCUGUAGCUUUUACGACAAUUAGGACCUUUUGAAUGAGUUCUUACAUGAUUAGUUAGUGCUAACUAACAGAUUAAUGGACCCAUUUGCUUAAAGUGGCUAUUGAGAUUCAUGGAAUUGUAUGUUAUAGUUCUUUAACAGUGGAUUGCUCUGCUGUUAGUUUCUA